UGUAUGAAGUGUGGGCCCGUUAUUGCCUUUAAAUUAUGGUUCUGUUUUUUAAUUUUCUUUGACAAGUCUGAUUAAACGUAAUAAAUAUUGUAGAUUUCUUAACUACAUGAACGAUGGAUUGGUAACUCCUUGUGAACGAAACCCAACACUAUUUGGACGUUAAGUUAUUAAAAUGGACUCUCAUGAACUACAAGAUGGUAAAGUUGAAAUUCUUGAUGUAGUCAACCCAGGUUUAUAUUGGAUUAAAUGUCCUUAUUGUUUACCAAUAAGCACAAUAAGCAGUUUUUUAAACGAACACAUUAAUAAAGAAGUCUUAAAAGGAGUGUCUAGGACAUGUUUCUCACCUAAAGUGAACGAAAGGGUCAUUUUUGAAGACUUAGAUGGAACGUUGUACAGAGGCAUUAUAAGGAAACACGAAUCUCCCAAAUAUUAUGUUAGGUUGAUUGAUGCAUGUAAAGAAGUAAAAGUACAAAACACAUUGUUAUACCCAAGUACAAUCAUAACAUACAAUAGUUUAGAAAAACAAGCGCAUUUAGUGGGUGUUUUUGGUUUAAUUCCUUUUGAAAUUUCCGAUCAACAUUGUAUAACAUAUUCCUUCAUUGAGAAUUUAAGAAGAUGGAACAGUUUCAAUCCUGAGAUAAACGAUAUAUUGGAUAGUUAUAAAAACGUGACGGUAUUUAAAAUAAAAUGCUAUAUUGAUGAUAUUCCUUAUGGAAAAUUUAAACUUUUUGAUGGAACAAAAGUUUACAGUUUGUCUAAAGUGAUCGUAGACAAAAAUAUCGGCGUAGAGUCAACAGAUUUUCCCAAAGAUAUUAUUGGAACACAAUUUACUGAAUUAAUAGCUGAAAAAUCCAAGAUUAAGCAGCCUGUUGAUGUUACAGUGCAAAAGGAAACAAGAGCAUCUGUUAAAAAGAAACCAAAAUUUAAAGUAAGCCCACAGAGGAAUUUAAUUAUUACAGCAUUAGCUAAUGGUAUUGUCCUAGAUUCUACACUACUAACAGAAGGUGCUAAAAAUAUUUCUGUUGCUCCAUUAGAAAAUUUUUAUAAAUCUUUGAUAAAAUCAUCCAAAUUGACCAGAAAUCAGCCAGAUAAACUGUCAGGGUCAUGUAAUAAAACAUCUAAUAAUCAAGAAAUAAUAGAGAUUUCAACAUUUUCUUCUUGGAAGAAUAUCACAAAAGAAGUAAUGAGUGAUAAUAGUAAUGUCAAAAUGAAUGAUGGGGAUGAGGAAAGGAAACUUCAAGUUAAUAUAGUUAAUGCAGCCGCCACUUGCAAUGAACAAGAAAAUUCUGAAGAAAAAAUUAAAUAUUUAUCAAAUCCACGUGAACCCCUCGAGCCAAAGGUUGGUUGUGGCAGAGGGAAACUUUUGAAACAGUUGUUUAAGUCACACCACCAAAAACCAGAAGACAACAAAUUCCCGUCCGAGAAUAAAUCACAUGAUCAGUCAUCGGUAAACUCGAAUGCUGAUGAAUCCAACAAAAAAGAAAUUCAUUGCGUGAUGGAGCAGCCUUCAUUAAAUGCUGAUGAGCAUUUUAAUUCCAAAAAAGAUUUAGAUUUGGCACCACAAGUUCCUUUAAAUCAACCACAAAAAUCAGAUUGUAUAAAAUCAAAUCUUGAUAACAACAUUGCAACACAAAACAUCAAUUCACAACAUUCUAAUCAGAUAGAUUACUAUAAUUCUGGUUCACGACACAAAAAAGGAACUAUGAGUGUUUCAAGGAAGGUUGAACACACAGAAAAUGUAAAAAAAAGCAAUAAAAAGAAAGGACCUCCUAAAAUUACAAUUUCUGUUCCUCAAGACACUUCUUAUCAGUCUGCCCAAAUAUGUGAGAAGGCACAGCCAUUACGUGAAGUUUUUAUUGACAAUGAUCCUUACAAACAAGUAGAUCUGCCUAGCAAAAUGAAGAGUAAAGAAUACGUUACUUCUUCUGACUCAAAAGAGGAUUUAUGUAAAACAUUUCCAAAACUAGAUGACUCUGAAUCAUCCAACUCCUGUAAAACAGACAGUUUUGAAACUUGUGUACCUGAUACUGAGAAGAACCUUACAGAAUUAAAAGUCUAUCGUAAGGGUGCUGGUAGAGCUGCAAUAUUUAAAGCGUUGGUUUCUCAAACUUCACUCUUAGGCAGGGCCUCCAAGCAUAUGGAUGAUAACGUAAAAGCUUGUCACCAAUUUUCAGAUGCUGAAUCUGACGAAUUAUUACAGCCAGAAAAAAACAUUCAAAAAUCUACUCAAAGAGUAUUAAAUAAGUCAGAACUACCAGAUUCUGUUUCAUUUAAAAAUCAAGCUAAAAAUAAUGCAAAUGAUAAAGAAGAAAUUUCACAGAGUUCAGAAUUGCCACACCAUAAAAUACAGGGUGCAGCUUCUCUUAGUAAGAAACUAGGAAGAGGAAAAUUGUUGUCUUUUCCAUCUCAGUUGGCUACCACUUCAACUCCACUUCCAUCUAUUUCUUCAGACACAGAUUGCAGAGAAUCGUUAGACAUUUCUUCUAUUCAACAAGCCAGUAGCACAGAAAUUUCUGACAUUGAGAGAAUGACUGAGCAAAAAAGAACAAUAAACCUGUUAAAACCAAAUGCGUACAACAAACAGACAAAUUCAAAUGAAAAUUUGAAAGGUAUCAUUGACCUUUCAAAGGAUUUGAACGGAACAGAAGAACAAACUAAUUUAUUAGAUUCAAGUGAUGACGAUUUUUUCAACCCUGAUUUGAAUAAAAACAAUUUAAGCCUUGAUAAAUCUUCUUCAACAUUGUCCGAAUCAGCCGAAGAAAAGUUAUCUGUCUUUCCUGAAUAUGUUAAGGAAGAAUUAUCUUCUUCUUUUGGAACUAGUUCUAGUGAAGCAGAAAAUGAGAAACCUAAAAUUACCGAGCUAGAAGAAAAAUAUAAGGAUACAUUUCACAUUGGAGAGAAUUUAGAGAGAAUGAAAGGAAUAGGCGGGAUUCUCCAUGGCAAUACACAAACCAAAUUGGCACCAUCACUUCAAGCCAUCCCAUUAAAUAAACUAAUAAUGGCUAAUUUGAGUUUCAGGAGGGUUACCGACUUGACAAGAUGCCAAAUUUUCUCAAUACCGGUUCUGCUGGAAAACAGAAAUUUUGUUCUUGUCGGUCCACCUAAAACAAAGAAAACAACCUGUUAUCUAUUGCCUCUUUUAACGCUUUUACUGAAUGAGGAGUAUUACUCAAUGUUGAAAGACGGCAAUGGUCCAAAAGGUGUAAUCAUCGUUCCGACUGCUCAAAGAGUUAGAUAUGUAGCAAGCCUUUCUUCUUCAUUUUGUGGAGCUAGGAUUAACAUUAUAACUACACAUGGAGGUGGUUUAGAAUUAGAAAGAAAGGAUGAAUUAAUAAAUGGCUGUGAUCUACUUAUUACUACUCCAAGAUGCUGGUUGAGGCUAUUGAAUCAACCGCAUGUAACUAACAUAAGGCGUUUGUGCCAUAUUGUUUUUGACUCUGUUGAUACAUUAUUUGAUCUAUUUCUUGAUGAGUUAAGGGAGAUUUAUAUCAAAAUCGCUAGUCUGGAAAAAUAUAGAAAACAAUUUAACAUAAAAUACGGCAUUCAGAUGGUAUUUAUUGCCGAAAGUUGGAGCAAAAUUUUAGAAGAAAUCACUUUGUCCAAAAUAAAAAAUCCUGUACUCUGUAUUACAGCACAUUUAGAAGCGGCACUUUAUGCGAGAAUAAAGCCAACGUUGGUUAUAUUAAAGAAAGGAAACAAACUUAAAAAAUUUCUAAAAUUAAUCAGUGAUAAUAAUCUUGUGAGAACAGUUGUGGUUUGUAAAGAUGCUAGUGAGGUGAAAAAUGUCCGGCCAUCUCUUUGCAAUUACAGAGGAAAUGUGUUAGUUGCACAUGAAGAUAUGCAUCAUUCAAUCUUACAAGAUAUUCGUAACUCAUGGAUUUCACACAUGGAAGGAACAAUGCUUCUUUGCUCAGAUGCUGUAGUUGCUGAUCUCUGCAUAACAAACGCACAAUGGCUGAUUAACUACUCUAUAUCAGAAAGUAAAUCUGUUUUCAGUGAACGCUUUUCUGUGAUUAAGGAACAUUUCUACGAUCGUAUCAAGAACCCACAGGCUGGAGUUCCAAACUGUAAAGUCCACAUAUUUCUAGAAGAUGGAAACGAAACACAAUUCCCCGACAUAAUUAAGUUCAUUGAAAGAAUUAACGCUAAGAUACCAGAUCAUUUCAAAACUUCAGUGAAAAUGAUAGAGGAAGCAAAAGAGAAAAGCAAGCAUGAUGAGGCAUUCUGUGAUCGUAUGUUACAAUUUGGUCGCUGUUGGAAGCGAGAUACUUGUAAAAAACGUCAUAUUAUUAAUGUACACAAGGAUAAACAUAGUUUGAUACCUAGUAAAGGAUAUUUAAAGAUGAAAAUUCUUCGGGUUCAUGAUGCGACACAUUUCUCGGUGCGGAUUUUAGCGCACACCUCUGAUAUGAAUAUUACUGAUAUAUCUGAAGUUCAUUGGGACAGCUUUCCAUCUAGUUAUGGUGUCAUUUGUUUACAGAUGACACAAUAUUUCAAAAAUAGAGAAAAUAGGCGUCUGCAUGGAAGGCCAAAAGUAGGAGAUUAUGUAGCUAUUCAGAAAGAAGCUGAUAUAUUAUUUUUAAGGGGAGAAGUAUUAGAAAUAACAGCAAGAGGGCCCAGGUUAGAUCCUGUAGAGGUUCUUUUGGUACUUAUUGAUGAAGGGCUUAAGACAAAAAUGAAGGUUGAUGAACUUUAUGAAUUGCCGACAUUUCUUCAUGAACCACCUCCCCAAGCAGUCGAUGUUUUCUUGGGCAACCUCCGUCCAGUUGAUUUGGACAAUGCUUGGAGUUAUGCUGCGACAAAAGUCGUCGAAAGGAGCAUAAACGAAGCAGAUGAAAAGAGCAACUCUAACUCUUUUUACAUGGGAAAGAUUAACUUGGUUAUUGGGAGAAAUAUCAUAAUGGAAAGCAUCUGCUGUUAUGUACAGUUGAACAUUUCAAAAUGCUACAUUGUACAACUUUCCUUAAGGCAGCAUAUGUUGAAAUCUGGAUUUGCUCUUGAUUCACCUAAUCAUAUUAAAGUCUUGACGAAUCUUUGUAUUGCAGCUAAUCUAAUUGAUCCACCAAAAGAAUUGAAACAGAGAGAAGCGGUAAAAUUGAGUUUGAAUAAAACUGUUUGGGCACAUUUGCCAAAGGACAGUUUGAUUCAAGUCAUCCUUUCGAUAGCAGAAAAUCCAUCGUUGUUCUUUGUGACACAAGUUCAAUUAAAUGAUAGGCUUAUUAACCUUAAUAAAGAUUUGAAAAAAUCACUCGAUGAAAGACAGAGGCGUUUACCUAUUGUAGAAAUCGGAAGCUUGUGUGCUGUUAAAAAUCCUGGUGAUAAUGAAUGGAAUAGAGCCACAGUUUUAAAUGUUUGUGAAAAUUCAGAAGUUGAGGUCUUCUUUGUUGAUUAUGGAGAUAGAGUUAUUGUGAAUGUUGAUCAGCUUUUUACUCUUCCUGAUGAAUUAGUCACGAGACUACCAUUUCAAGCUGUUGAAUGUGGAUUAUGUGGAAUUAUCCCUUUGAAGUCUCAAUUUUGGUGCAAUGAAGCUACAGAAUCUUUGCAUGUUAUGACAGAAAGUGAUGCCUACAAAAAAGUGCUUUACCUCAAGGUUUGUGAGAUCAAGUUAAAAGCUGAUAUUACAGGAGGACGACACUAUGAUGUUAUAAUUGUCGAUACAGACUCAAAUCCGGAUUUUGAUCGCUAUAUCAAUGUCAAUAUGGUGUACAAAGGAUAUGCUAAUUGGAAUUUCGAGACGAAACAUUAUCUUGAUAAUGCUCCAAAAGAGUUUGAAGCGAUAGCAAAGCGUGAUACAAGUGCCAACACCCAAGAUCUGCAGUAUGAGGCCGAUGAUGAAGAAGAUGAAGACUGGGACAAGAGCUGCACCAACAAACAAAUCAGCCUAUUCAACGGAAGUUACGCAGAUGUUGAUUCAAGUCUGGCAUGUCCAAGUGACACUAGCAAUAGUCAAAGCCAAAAUGAUGUUAUAGACGUGGGAAAUUUUGAGUUGGUUGGAGUCGAUUCAUUGGUUAAUUCUUAUAUGAAAAAAUUUGGAUUUGAUACAAAUACUGCCACUAAAUCUCCAUUACCUGCACUGUUACCAAAGCAAAGCAGCUGUACAGACGUCGAAUCAGAGGACCAACAAAAUAAUACAGACCACUUUGAAGUUACAAAAUCCCCUCAUCCAGAAAUAGAUGAAAUAUUAGAAUCAGACGUUUCAGUCGAUUUUGGUGAAGAUGAUGAUGAUUUGAAUGGAGAAGAAGAUGAAAUUCCACAUGUGGAAACAGUAACACGUAUCCUUACACCGAAUGUAUAUUGGAGGCAAAACCCCAAUCACGUCUGGAUCAAGAUUUUAAUACCUGAUGUCAAGUUGUAUAAGCUGUUCUACACAUACUCUUAUUUAAUUUUUCUAGCUUUUGUCAACGGAAAAAUAUACUGGCUAGAUAUAAAUUUUUUUGGUCCUACAGUAUCAGAAGGCUUUUCAUAUAAACUGACCGGGCAGUAUGUAGAAGUGAAACUCGAAAAGACUUUAAAAGGUCAUGAAUGGUUUCGCUUGACUUAUUCAAAAGCAAAAGCUCAUCACAUAAAACUAGAUCCGAGUUCAAAACAACCACUAGAUCCAUUUGAAGAAUCUUACGUUGAUGCAUUUCUUAAAAUUGGAGAAGAAAGGCAAAAAUUAACUGUAAAUUCAUCACACGAGUCACGUGAAAACAUUUCUAGAAAUGCAUUUGCAUAUCCUGAUCGUAAUAGUGAGACUGAAUCAGAUACUGGUUCAGAUUUACAUGAAUUUGAUCCUAUUCCCAAUGAUCCUUUUGACCCACUUUGCUAAGGCAUUUAUGAAGAAAUUUUAGACAAUUUUAAGACUGAAAUUUUUUAUUUCUUUUUUAACUUGCACUUUAAAAGACACCAUUUGAAUAUUGUGAUAAUUGUAAAAUUUGAUAAAAUAAAACUAUUUUUACCUAAAGAUAUAAUUUGAUAGUCAAUAUUGUAAUAUGUUUAAUUUAAAAACUUUUAUUGUUUUGUUAAAUAAUUUUUUUUUACACACUAUUACUCUUUGUUAAAAUCAUCUGAAUUUAUUGACAUUAAAUAAUAAUUUUCCUAUCAAGAGUGGGUAUCGAUUAACAUUUGUGAAAAAAA